AUGAAGUUCACCGCGGGGAUGUGGUGUCUCCAGGAGGGCGUCAAUAUCGAGUGGAUGAGCAACGUGGAACGGUUCACAAUUGAGGGCGAGGCUGUCAAUUUAUUGCUGAACAAGUACCAGAGACACCGCGGAGACACUCUCAACUCACCAACCGUCUCAGCUCGAGUGACCUCGCCAUCGGAAGGAAUUAUUGGCGUGAAACUGGUGCAUUGGGCAGGUCAGAACGACAAUGGUCCUCACUACCAAGUGAACCAGAGUACCGGACAUACGAGCAUUCAACAUAACAAAGAAGACAACACCCUCAAGUACACCAGCGGUCCACUCGAUCUAGAUUUGAACACCGCGGCCAACGAUCUCGACCUGACCUUCCGCUCUCCAGCCGGCAAGAAGCUGACAGGUCAAUCAUUCCGCUCGAUUGGCUAUGUGCGUGACCAGCGAACCGAGAAGCACCGUUACGAAGACGGUAUCUACGCUGAACGCCAAGGGUACAUGCUAGCGGGGCUAGAUCUGGGUGUUGGCGAAAAAGUCUACGGGCUCGGAGAACGAUUCGGGCCUCUAGCCAAGAAUGGACAGACAGUCGAUAUCUGGAACGAAGACGGCGGUACUUCUUCUGAGCUUGCAUACAAGAAUAUCCCUUUCUAUAUCAGCUCCAAGGGGUAUGGUGUUUUUGUCAACCAUCCUGGUAAGGUCAGUUUGGAAGUACAGUCUGAGCGAACGACGAGGGUCAAUAUCUCUGUUCCCGGUGAGGAGAUUGAAUACUUUGUUGUCUAUGGUGCUACCCCGAAGGAUAUCCUCAAUCGUUAUACUACCUUGACCGGAAGGCCGGCUCUGGUUCCCUCGUGGAGUUACAAUCUGUGGCUGACAACCAGCUUCACAACCAACUACGAUGAGGCUACUGUCACUGGGUUCCUUGAUGGAUUCCGGGAUCGUGACAUUCCUCUCGGAGUCUUCCACUUUGACUGUUUCUGGAUGAAGUCCUAUCAUUGGUGCGACUUUGACUUCGAUUCGGACAUGUUCCCAGAUGCCGUGGGCUAUCUCAAACGCCUGAAAGAGCGCGGUCUCAAGAUCAGCGUGUGGAUCAACCCGUAUGUCGGGCAAGCAUCGCCACUAUUCGAAGAGGGUAAGAAGAACGGGUAUUUUAUCAAGCGCACCGACGGUUCCGUCUGGCAGUGGGACUUCUGGCAAGCGGGAAUGGCCGUGGUUGAUUUCACAAACCCUGCCGCGUGCAAAUGGUACAACAGCCACCUGGAACGACUCAUGGAGAUGGGUGUCGACAGCUUCAAAACCGACUUUGCCGAACGUAUCCCGGUCAGGGGCAUUAAAUACCAUAACGGCGCAGAUCCAGAGCGCAUGCACAACUAUUAUGCCUUGCUUUAUAACAAGAUAGUCUAUGAGACUCUCAGUGUCCGCGUCGGACGCAACCAGGGCCUCCUCUUCGCGCGCAGCACAGCGCCAGGCGGACAGGCAUAUCCCGUGCACUGGGGUGGUGACUGCGAAAGCACAUUUGAGGCGAUGGCAGAGUCGCUCCGCGGCGGAUUGAGCCUGAUGCUAUCUGGAUAUCUUUUCUGGGCAUCUGAUAUUGGUGGAUUUGAAGGAGCUCCACCACCGGCGCUUUACAAGCGAUGGGUGCAAUUUGGCCUGCUGUCUUCGCAUUCACGACUACACGGAUCGUCUUCGUUCCGAGUGCCGUGGAUCUAUGGCGAGGACUGCUCCGAUGUGUUGCGGGACUGUGUGAAGCGAAAGAUAUUGCUCACCCCAUACAUCCUGCAAGAGGCAUUGAGGGGUCAUGGGAAUGGAACACCACUGAUGAGGCCGCUCUUCUUGGAAUUCCCUGAGGAUCUGAAUACGUACGCCGUUGACACGCAAUACAUGUUCGGGUCAAACUUGCUGGUUGCACCUGUGUUUUCCGAAGAGGGCGAGGUCACUUUCUACGUGCCUCAAACUCCCAAUGAUGAAGAUGGAAAGUGGGUUUCGUGGUUUGAUCACUCCAAGUCUUAUGAGCCUGGUCGGUGGUAUACCGAGACCCAUGGAUUUGAUACACUGCCCAUCUUGAUCCGGCCGGGGUCGGUGACUGUGAUCAACCCGACCAUCAAGGCCCCUGAGGAUGAUGCAUUGUCCGGAGUGGAAUUGUUGGUCAACGGUCGCCCAAGGGACGAGACAGUCAUCGAGAUUGUCAAUUCGGCUCAGACAGGUGAGAUUUUAAAGACUGUCCGGCUUUCUCCCAGCGCAGAUGGAAAGAUGGAAGCAACCGGGCAUCCAGUUAAGAUUGUCUAUGUUGCAUAG